CCUCAAUUGAACAAUUAAACAAUAAUGCUCUAUCUAGAACCUACUAAAAAUAUUAUAGGUAUAUUCUUUUUCUUUUGCUUUGUAGGACUUCCAAGAGAGGGAGCCACGCGCUAUUAAAGAUCUACAUCUUGCCCAGCGUUUGAAUCACCUUGGAACCUGUUUCUCUCAGUUAGCGUACUUACCGCGACGAGAGCAUAACAUGCUCGAAACCGGAGCUUUGGUUAAACCCUUGUGUUUUCCAGAGAAGUUUUCCAACAACUCUUUCACUGUCUUUAAUAUAAAAGGACUUUAAGGAGCAUUAUUUGGAAGAAAAAAUUAACAUUCCAAGUAUAUCCCUAGAAUGAAACAAGAAUGUUAUGUCUAGGAUGCAUAUUGAGAAUGAUAUAGGUAGAUAUAUUCUAAGAAUAUUUCAAGCAUAUUGGUAUAAUAUUCUUUUGAGAACAUAGCUAUAAAGUCAUAGGAACAUUCAUUGAAUAUGAGAAUAUACAUUUCAAGCAUAUUUUUAGAAUCAAAGAGGAAUAUUCUUUUCAGGAUGCACUGAGAAUCUGAUAGGUAUAUUCUAGGAAUAUCCUAAUUGAUUUUCCAGGAAGUUCUUGGGUAUUACAAACAGUAUUUCUACAAUCUUUUCUCAGAACAUUCUCAGGACAUUCGCAAUGGUUUUGACGAACAUUCUAGGCACAUUCCUUCUAAGAAAAGAACAUUCUUAUUACAUUCUAAGGAUGCAAUUUUGUUAUGUGGGUCAGCAGUUUAUGUGCGUAAGAUAACUUUCACUCAAGCCCUCCGCGCUUUAUCAUCAACUAGUCAGUGAACAAUGUCGAAUCAAAGUUCACGUUUGCGUGAGACCCGAUAAUUACGCGCGAUGUUUUAAUUUUAUCAAUUUCAACGUAUUAAGCGUGUUUUCAAUGACAAGCGUUGCCUUACGAAAUUGUUUAGUUAUUGUGUGUCCUAGAAAGUAAACGUAUUGAGAUGAGUGAAAACAAUUUGAUCGUUACAGUGGCCGAAGGAAAACUUAAAGGAAAAAAUUAUGUGACUUAUAAUGAUAAAACUAUUUUAAGUUUUCAAGGAAUACCUUACGCUAAACCGCCGAUAGGAGAUUUACGCUUUAAGGCACCUCAUCCACCGGAAAAAUGGGAAGGAAUCAAAGAUGUCACCACAGAAGGAGCAGAAUGUUACUCAAAAAAUUACAUUACGAAUAUACUAGGAGGUUCAGAGGAUUGUCUGUUUUUGAACGUUUAUACUCCAAAGAUUAAAGGCAAAAAUGAAAAACUGCCAGUCAUGUUUUGGAUACACGGUGGAGGUUUUGUACGAGGCGAUGGAAGUACCGAACUUUAUGGUCCAGAUUACAUUGUUGAAAAGAAUGUCGUAUUGGUCACAAUCAACUAUAGAUUGGGAGUUUUAGGAUUUCUUGCAAUUUCUGACCCAUCCGUUGGAGUACCAGGAAAUGCUGGAUUGAAAGAUAUAGUUAUGGCUCUGAAAUGGGUACAACGAAAUAUUUCGGUAUUUUCUGGAGAUCCAAAUAAUGUAACGAUAUUUGGUGAAAGUGCCGGCGGUUCAGCAGUUGAACUGUUAAUACUAUCUCCAAUGGCAAAAGGUCUAUUUCAUAAAGCAAUAAACCAAAGUGGAAGUGCUCUAAAUUGCUUCACAAGAGGAAAAUGCUCGUCUGUCUAUGAUCUAGCUAAAAAACUUGGCAUUGAAAAUAAUGACGACACAUUAAUUUUGUCAGAAUUGCAAAAAGUUCCUGUAGAAGAUUUAGUGAGAAAUAGUUUGAAAAUCCCCGACUCGUACCUAGUCUCAAUCUUAAGGCCAUUUUGUGUAGUCAUAGAACCUAAAACCAAAGAGCCGGGUUUCCUUACCGAAGAACCAUUAGAUAUAAUUAAAUCUGGAAGAUUUAUCAAAGUUCCUAGAAUAAUAGGUUACAAUUCGUUAGAGGGUAUUUUUGUGCAUAUUGUGAUGAAACACAAACCCAACCUUUUUUUGUCCGAUGAAAAUUUAGUACCUCAUAUGAUGAAUUUGAGAAUAGGAAGCGACCAGUACAAAAAAGUAGCUCUAAGGAUUAGAGAAAUGUAUAAAAUUACAGGAAAAGAAUCGGAUAAAAAUGCUGCAGACUUGGAAAAAGCGUUAAAUAUUUUCACUCAUAAUUUUUUUUCGGCAGACAUUUGUCGAUCAGCAAGAUAUCAAUUGAAGCAUAACGAAUAUCCAAUAUAUUUUUAUCGGUUCGAUUUGGAUACUGAAAUAAACAUGAUCAAAAAGCUUGCUGGAUUAGAUGUUAAGGGCGUUGCUCAUGCAGAUGACCUAAGCUACUUUUUCACCAAUUUCUUAACGCCUCCACCGGAAAGCAGUUCUCUGGAAUUAAAGCUAAUUUCAAAACUGACAAAAAUAUGGACAAAUUUUGCUAAGCAUGGGAAUCCUACUCCAUCAAUAGACGAAGAAGUAGAAACAAUAUGGGACCCAAUAACAGUUGAUAGUUUUAAUUAUUUGUCUUUAGAAAAUGAUGGUUUUAAAAUGUUAAGGAAUCCUGAUAAGGACUAUAUGGAUUUUUGGUACGAUUUGUAUGAAGAAUUUCAGUUUAAGUUAUCGAAGUUGUAACACAUAUAUCAUCUAGGAAUAUAUAUUUUCAUAUCACACUAGUAA